UCAGUCAGGGUGACGUGGCGAGGAAAUCGAUGAGGUGAAAGAAGAAAAUCCUGUCAGGAUGUCAAAAGUGAAGAAGAGCGCCCUCGAUGCUACCGCUAUGGGUAUCAUUUCGUCUUGUCAGACCAACCAUAUUUGUUCUACAGGAGCUCCUGUCAUCGCCAUGAGAAGGAGUUGGAAGCCAAGGAUGUUGCCUCUCUUGAUUGCUUGCCUGCCUCUGGCCAAUGCCUUUGUGACACAACCUGUACUCCAAAAAUCGUCCACUGGAACACGCCCACAAAUACCGACAACAUUGCGAGGCAUUGACGCUGAUGAAUGGGAGUCCGACUUUGAUGACUUUGCCGACAGCAAUGACGAUGUCUUGAAACUUUCCGAUGUUCUCCAGUCCAGAGGAGCCGACGAUUUGUCAGCGUGUCGGUCCAGGCAGCUCUCACUUGGCAGAGACUUUGUGCUUUCUGACUUUGUGGGUAACAUGGGCUUUGAUGAAGUGACAGAUUGGGAGUACUACUACGAAAAUGAAGACGACGAGACCGACCGAAAAGUGGUCCAACCCAAUCCCUUUGAUUCCGCCACUCCAAGGAGAACUCGAUCCAGCAGUGGGUCUGUGAUCCGCCUCUUUCGAGGAGAGCUGGUAGGACCCCUCGGAGGCAGCCUGUCAGCACAAGGAUACGAUCGAAGAGUCUUGAUUAAAGAAUUCUCUGGUGACAUGGCCAUGGAACUGGCUCGAAACGAACUAUUUGCCAUUGCCAAACUACAAUCCAACCUCUUGCGAAACGAACAAAGUGCUCAAGACGGAGAUUGGUACCGAGCGGCGUCGUCUCGAUCGGUCAUGGAACGACAAGACAACAACAAUGUGGCACGCCUAAUGCAUCUCCUCCGAGACAGUCCGUUUGUGGGUAUUCUGGGAGAAUGCAAUCUGGCAGAAAUUGACGACAUGGAUCCCAAUGAAUUCUACAGAGCCAUGAGUGUCAAACCACCCAAACCCAGCGCCAUUUGGAUCAUUUACGAAUAUCCCGGUAUGGCCAGUGUGGCCAACUAUGCCCAACCUGCUGAAUUGAGACGACAAGCCAUUCCUCCCAAAAAGGGUUUCUUUGGAGCCGUCGACCCCCCGCCGUUGCCAAAAUUUGAACAACGCGCCAACUACGUCGUCAAGGGCAUUCUCAAGGGGGCACUGGAAGCCAUGGCACUGCAACACGAUGUCGGAUUGGUGCAUCGGAGUAUCGGGCGAAGCAGUAUCUUGCUGUCUUCGAAAGCCAUGGACAAACGGGAAGCGUCCUCACCCUACACGACAUUCUUGUCACAGCUGCACAUCAAAAUGGCCGAUUUUGGAUUCGCGGGAUUGUUGGAAGCGUCCGCUGACGAUCCCGAGUUUUGUACCCGCGCACGAACAUUUGGCUUGUCCUUUGCCAAGGGGGAACGAUCAAUUGCCGUCGCCAACUUUGCCAUUGCCGAAGACAUGCAUGCUUUGGGAUUUGUGGCGGUGGGAUUGCUCUUGUCGUCGCUUGCCGAAAUCAAGAGUGUCAAUGAUCCGGUCCCGGCGACGGACGAAGAUACACUCCAACGAUUGCUGGGAGAUAUUUUUGACAAGGAUAUUGCCCAAUUCCGAGAAUACGUCGAAGCCGAGGAAGUCUGGGCCAAUCUGGUGGAACUGCUAGACAGAAAUGACAGUGCGGGUUGGAAAGUCCUGGAGACUCUAUUCAUGGCCAGGGAGCGCGCAGCCAAGUUCAAAGACAGCGAGCUGAUUCUGACAGCGAGGGGGUUACUGUCCAGUCCGUUCUUUGAAUGAACGACCACACGGAAGCAUACAGUGCAGUUCGUACUUCGAAUCAUCACGCCAGCGCGCAAAUGGAGAUCAAAAUCAACAAAUUCGACUGUGGAUUCAGCCUGAACCUGGAUGAUUGACCAAGUAACAGAGCAGCCAGUGCCUCUCAACUCGACUCGACUCUAAUGCUUAGCUAGCCGAACUCGGUUCAUUCGUUUGGACAAAGAACAGGGCUCGUGAUGUAUGUGUGUACACUUAUAGCUGCCUAUUGAGCAUUCCUG